UUUACUCCAGUAAUUCUUCCUCUUCUCCCUCGUCAUCAACUCGGCCAGAUCACGAGCAAAAUCUUUUCAGGCAAGUACUUCAUUUGAAUCUUUUUUCUUAAUACCGCCAAUCCAUGUUUUAAUUCUGGGUCACUCCCUCAUUCACCGUCUGCACAAUUUUCUUCGCCGCAAUUUUAAUACGCCAAUUGCAAAACAUUCAAGUUUAGAAGGCGAUCUGCUCAUAAGAUGGCAUGGGAUUGGAGGGUGAACGGUUUCGAAAACUAGGGAGUAUGAUUUAUGUGUAGUCGAGGAAUUCGCUCCCAAUGUUGAUUUCAGUCGUACGUGCGGCUUUAGAGGUGAGAUUUUGCAUCUAUUUAAUAGCGCUCUUUAGUAGAGAUGAGACUUUCAUGUAAUAGGGGUUUCCGAUUUAGAGGAAGUUUUGCGGAAGUGGAACGAGCCAGUUUCAAAUGAGUUCAAUUUCUAGCCUUUCUAUACGUGAAAUUCGUUUAACCCCGACUACUGUAAGUAAAUUGCUGGGUUGUUUAUAACUUCACCUUACGAGACCUCUUCAACCCUCAACAAAUCACGGCACGUAAAUAGUGCAAGCAAAAAUCAUAAUACACCGUGAAAGUCGGGCUUUGCACUCUCAGAAACAAAGGUGCUGAAGUAUGGAAGGCUAUAAUGUUUCUAAUACUGGCUUUUUAUAUGGGGCGUGGGAAGAAGGUUUUCACCCUAUUCUUUCUACCAUCAAAACUAAGCAGGCACUCAAGGUUAGCUUUGAACUAGCUUAUUUACGUUUGACGUAGCAAAUAUAGAAAUAACCUGCGAUCAGGCCUCCCAAAGAAAAUGGGAAAAUCUAAGGACCGCCUGAUCGCAGUUUAAUGAAGAAGAAUUAGAUAUCGUGAGAGACUCUCUCCUUGCCCAGGAUAUCAUCCAGCAAACAAAAGCAGAAUUGUUUACUUUCUUCCUUGUUAGCGUAUAUGCUUUGUCUUUUUAACCCAUUGUCAUUGACUUUUUAAAACAGUUAGCAGCGAGUGUCAAUUUAUUUGCAGCAUACGCGUAUCGGCCGAAUGCGACUGCGAGACGUAAAUACUGCAAAAGAAUCCUCUUGUUUUAGAAAAAAUUUACCGAGCAUGUUUGUGUUCAUUUAUCCUUUUACCAGCCAGGUAUUUUGCAUAAACAAUGACAUCAUGCAAAGAUUUACUUAUAUAGUGAAAAAAAUCGAGAUGACCUUUUACAGUAUAAUGGAAUCAAUUUCACUUCUCGGAAAAAUGGCUCGAGCUUCCGCUAAAUCUGAAAACCCUAAUUAAUUCAAGUGUGUAUCGUUACUUAUAUCGGGUAGAUAAUUUGGCUCUCAAAGACAAAAUUUAAGCCCGUUUUCAGUUAUUGUCGUCUCUAUAACCCCGAAAAAGCACCAGAACAUUAGAUUGAGACGCCGAACGUUACAGACGUGCAAGUGUUUCUAGCAAAAAACACCGUCGUCAGCCGAAAUUUUAAAUUGAAAGUUUUCUACCGCAACAAAAAGCCUAAUCGUUUGCUAACUGCAGAACGUCCAGAAUUUUAGAUAUUUAGCAGUUAGUGAAUGAGACUAAGUAGGAUAUGAAGCACCAAUUCUUCAGAUCGAGGAGGGUGUUAUCCACCGAGGCUGAAAGCAAUGAGGUGAUGAUUGCAGCUGUAUUAAUCUAUUCUGUGGUCAGCUACGAAUUUUUGAAAGACGAAAUUUCGCCUCGCCUAAACGAAAUUUCGUUUCGCCAAAACGAAAUUUCGUCCUGCAUCGUGCCGUGAAAUUUCGUUUCGAUUCAUCACCUUGCUUGCGAACAAUAGAUGCCACCGAAACGUCGCCGCUUUAUUCAGCGAAUUUCGCGAAUUUCGGCAAAUCUCGUUUUCAUUACUUUUGCACAGUACUGUAUUUAUAGAGUAAUACGGCAGCCCUUUUGGAGCCAUGACAGCGGCAAGAAUAACUGGCAGAAAACUGUUGUGGCGAAAUAUAGAGAACGCUUAAUUUUCGGAUGAGUUAAAACAAACUCCGAAAAUGACUUAAUUUAAGCUCUCACGAUUUCAAAUAACUCCCGUAAAAGGGAUGUUAUUAUAUAAGAGAGUUCAUUAAACUCCUUUGGAGUAACUCCUCAAGAUGAGCACAAACAACUACACUUUGUAGAGUUAAAGUAACUCUAUCCAACGGAGUGAAACAGCUCUCGUAAUAGAGUUUAAUUAACCCCAGUAAACAUGAUAACCUCUAAAACAGAGUUAUUUUAACUCCCUUGGGCGAGUUGUAUUUUAUGCACUUAAAUUUUACUCCUUUAUGGAUCGAGUAACUUUUAAAUCUUUUUGCGAGUUAAUUUAAUUCUUACAAAGUUAACUCCAAAACGGAGUAAAAUUUACUCCACUGAAACUCUAUUUAACUCCUUUUGGAAGUUAAAGUAACUCCCAAAAACAUAACUCCACUGUAAGGAGUGACCUAAACCAGAUGAGUCAUCGAUAUGUCAGCGGCGUCUUACAAAAUGACUGAAAUGAUCCCUACGACUUCCGUUCACUUGAUCGAUCGCAGCGAGGAUGUUAUAUUUGAGUUAGUUUGAGUUAUAAAACGGGCAAUAUUGUCGUUUCCAGUUUAUUUUACUAAAAAAGGUUAAAUCUGUAAUAUCAGCUGUAUUGUAUUGAACGCGCGGGUUGUGGUCUUUCUUAACGCUGGUUUCGGUCGAUGUUAUUUAGUGUCAACACGUCACGAAAUCCUAUCUAACAUCGACCGAAAUCUCACAGGAACUCGGCUGAGGCUCCGAAAAAACCUAAAUUAAAUAAAUCUCGCGAGAGUAAGAAUUCCAUCUCAGUUUUAUUGCUGUCAUUAGAAUCUCAAACAGUAGUUUUCCAGCUUUUCGACUUCCACUCAUAAAGAAAAAUCCUACUUCCACAGUCACAUGCCAACAUUGGCGCCAAAUCUAAAGGGUUUUUGGGUAUACGGUAUACAGGGGCUUUUUAAAUCGGGUAUACGGUAUAUUGCAGCUUAAAUACGGGUAUUCGGUAUAUCACUUUGGGUAUAUUUGGAUGAAUUUUGGGUAUUUUGGGGUAUUUUGGCGAUUUUUUUUCCGGGGAUAAUGGUAUAUCCCCCCCCGGCCGACCCAAGGACAAUGGCGAGAGCAAAAUCAAGUUAUACAACGGGGGUAUCUAGGAGCUAAUGUCAAAAAGCGUAUGAAAUUGCCACUACUACCCGUUUUAUGAAUUUAAUUUGAUAAACAGACACGGGGAUUUCGCGGCAAAAAAGGUAAUCACUUUGUACAAGUGUCCUCCAGCUAAUUUGUAUUCUCCACGAGUUUACAGUAUAAAAAUUUCCAAUCCCAAGUUAGUCUAUAUUUUUCUGAUUGGAAACUGUGUGGGGAAGAGCAAUGAAAAAACAAACCUUCUUAAAGCUGUGAAAUGCAAACUGGGAUGGAAUUCACACUCUCGCGGGAUUUAUUUUAUUUAGUUUUUUUCGGAGGCGCAGCCGAGUUCCGGUUAGAUUUCGAGUUUCGGUCGAUGUUAGACAGGAUUUCGUGACGUGUUGACACUAAAUAACAUCGACCGAAACCGGCGACCAUAAGCCGCGUCGAUUCAAUGCAAUACAGCUGAGUCUAUUACAGAUUUAACCUUUUUUUAGGAAUAUAAACUGGAAACGACAAUAUUGACCGUUUUAUAUCUUAAACUAAUCCUCGCUGCGAUCGAGCGGAAGAAUUAGUCAUUUUGUAAGACGCUGCUGACAUAUCGAUGACUCAGCUGGUUUAGGUCGAUGUUAUCUAGUGCUUUCCGUCUAUUAACUUGAUCCAAAAGCAAAAAAUUGUAAAUAUACAUUAAAAGUACUAAAUAAAAGAUUUACCCUGUCAAACGCCCUAAUAGUUUUGUCCAUGGUGUAAACUCACAAGUACUCUGCAUGGUAUGUUUGGCGAAAUGGUGAGCAAUUCACAAGAAAAGUUCCACAUUUAUUCACAUACAAUGAUCUAAAGCCUCUUGCAAACGGACGCUACAUUGUUGGCCAACAACUCCCCACAUUGUUGGAUGUUACAUGUUAAGUCCGUUUGCACAAUUUGUUGCCUAUUGUUGCAUGUUGUUGCGUGUUGUUGGUAGCUGUUGCCCAAAAUUUGACACCGGUCAAACUUUUAGCUACUUACGAACGGACGUAACAUUGUUGUUGGGAGUUGUUGUGCCCGUUUGCACGUAGAUAAAAGUUUGACCAGUUUCAACAACUCCCAACAGCAUGCAGCAAUAUACAACAGGGUGUGCAAAAGGACGCAACAUGUAACAUCCAACAAUAUUGGGAUUUGUAGGCCAACAAUGUUGCGUUCGUUUGCACGGGGCUGUAAUUCUUGUUCGUUGACGAAUAUAUUCAUUCAUAUUCAACCGAGGGUCUGAAUGGGGGGGUCCACUUGUCAGUUAAAAUUUAGUUACUUUGUCGGUAGUCGGUUAAAAUUUUCGAUCUUUGUAGCUAGGUUGUGGGUUAACCCCAGUUAAUAAGUUAAAAUGCAUGUUAAUUAUUAAUAUUUGUUAUGUGUUUCAAUCAGUUUCAAGACUUUGAUCCCUAUAAAACAUGUAAAACUUGUAAAAAUGCAUCAUUUGAUUGAACUUAAACUUCAUUAUGCAACAUGAUAGUGUAUUUCAGCAAAGCUUUUAUUGCAAAUGUGAACUUGCCUCCCCUGUUGAUUACAGGGCACCAUAAAAAGUAAUGAAGAGCGGUUAGUUGGACACAGAGGGAAACGCCCAGUCUGACCUUUUGGGUACGUAAAUUAUUUUUGGUGAAAAAUUGCAAGGGGUGACAGUUUGCACAUCUAUACCCGCGUGAAACAGUGUCUUGACCUUUAAUAUUUUGGCUCUAACAAGCAUGUUCUUUACCAUGGUUUUCCUUUGUUUUAGCAAAUAAGGGGUGGUUCUUCAAAAAAUUAGCAAAGUAGGCGUUGGUUUUGUAUGAGAUUCCACUUUUCCAUUAAAGCUUCUUUUACAGUCGACACUAAGGGCUGGUAUUAGGAAACUUAAAAACCACGACGACGACUUUGUCGACGACGACCAGAAGUGAGUUACAGUGUACUGCGCAAGCGCGACCAGUAAAUUUCGUCGUCGUGGUGUCGUCGAAGACGCCAAAAAAAGUACAAUCACGUCGUCCUGCAAUCUACAAGCUUCAGCAGGUAUAAUGCACCUAUCAAUAGAGGAUGUUAGCAUCAACAACGAGUACGAGUACGAGAACGACUUCAAGCCGUACUCGUACUCGAAGUCGUUUUCUCAGCUUUCUAUGUUAGCGAUGACACCGAGUUCGAGUUUACAGAAAAUAAAAUUAUUGGAUUCUGCAUGACUGGGCGCCAAAUUUGAGUCGAGGUAGCGCUUCCACAACAAUUUCGAAAACAAAAAAUUACUCUAAAAAACGUUCAUCGUUCGACGGUCCAUCCUCCAGUUUUCAAAGGAAAAUCGAUUUUUCGAGGUAACUCGAAGGAUGGUUAGUCGCGGUCUUAAAACACGCUAAAACCCAUCAAAUUCAACACAAAAACCACACUGGACAAAGAAGUAAGUAUUCUUUAAUGAUAUCCUCGACUGUUGGGAUAUUUUUGACCAAAUAAUGGCAAUUUUUUGGGGUUAUUUUGUCAGCCUGUGAGGCCCGUGUGGUGGAAAUAUCGCGUUCGGUUGCUUUUCCUCGACUUCAAAAGCGGUAUUUUACAUAAAACCUAAUAUAAGGAAUGUUCAAGAUGAUAAAGAGAGGCUAGAAACGAAAAGAAACUGCAUUAAACGAUCGGAAUUUACCUUUGAAAACCAGCUCUUCCCAGUCGUUGUACCCAAUCCGAGUUUUUGGUGAGAAUUCGUCGUAGUGCAACUUGACAGGACGACUUGAAAACGUGGAGAUGCGCAGAACGGAUGCGCAGUACGCAAAAUCGCUGAUCUCGUUCUAGAACUCGUACUCGUUGUCGAUGCAAACAUCCUCUAAUGUGUUGCCGGCGGGGAGGGAGGCAGAGCGUAGGAUGGAGAUUUGACUUUUUUCAAAAUUUGCAAUCAAAUUCCCUGCCCACGGGCAAAUCAGUCCAGUCAAAUGCAACCAAAUUUCCCCACGCUAGGCUGCAUAUUGCUGUCAAUCCCAAGGCAAAACCUAAGAAAGCCACAAUAAAAAUAUCUCCAAAUAAAACUCCGCAAUCUUUUAUAAACGUUGCUGUAUCACCAAAGAUACAUGUUCCUGUUACAGCUGCAAUUAUACUUUUUACCCAUAAUCCGUGUUACACUGCGUAGAAUACAUAAACCUUUAAAAGAAAGUCCACAUUUUGUAAGUUUAAAUAUACCGUUCUUAGUAAAGGGUACAAAAAAAGUCAGUUUCGUAAAUUUACACUGAUUGUAGAGAGUGACCCAUACGCUAAUCAAUUGUACUUGCAAAAAUCGACUUGGUUUCUCUUUACUUUCGUUUACUUUGAUACCACAGUAUUUUAAGAGGUUCAAUUGAUCAAAAACACGCUAAGACAAACGAAAUUUGAAGACAAAACAGUGAAAUUCACUCAGCCUUCGCUUGUUCUCAUUGGCCUCCAUGAAUUCCUGAUAUAUUCAAACCGUACGGCGCAUGCGUGAAGCGUGGAAAUGGGAAACAGAUGUUUCGUCUCAGUCUUUUUCGGCCAAGUGGGCAGUCAAAUAUCUCCACGUCUGGCGAAGAAAGAUUCAAAUAUUACCUCCCCUGGGAGAACAAGAUCAGUCAAAUGCCCUACCCCAGGGCCAACAAAGACAAACAAAUCCCCACCCCUGCGUCGGUGUUGGCACUGGUGCGCAAACGGAUGCAACAGCUCCCAUUAAUGUUGUGACCUGCAGUGCAUAGUGGGAAGGAUACAACCCAUAAGACUUUGUAAACCAUGCGUAAUGAGCGUGCGUGGCGCCAACAAUGUUGGAAGAGCUGCGCAAACGGAUCCAACAUUGUUGCGCUACGCUUCGGCGAUCACGCAACAAAAAAGAAGUGUUAGGAGUUGUUGGCUGAAAAGUUUGACCGGUUUCAAACUUUGCGCAACAACACACAACAAUGUGCAACAGGGUGUGCAAAUGGGCGCAACAUGUAACAUCCAACAAUGUUGGGAGUGGUUGGUCAACAACGUUGCGUCCGUUUGCAUGCAGCCUUACCAUCAAUAACGGUGAACACGUAAAAUGCUACGUCAACAGUAACGUGUAUAAGAUCUUUAAAACAACUUAUACAGAGAAACUUUGAAUUUGUAACUCCAAAAUGAACAAGUAGAAUAACUAUUUGAUCCUCAGAUAGUCUUUUCUGAAUAACAGUCUUGGUGAUCGUUUCUGAGCACUUAUUGUGCGCCAUAUGCAAGUAAGAUAGAUAGAUAGAUAGAUAACUUUAUUUAAACUCGGUUAAAAUUCCUUCAGCAAACUAAACUAACUCUGAUUAAAAAUAUAUUCAUAAAAUUUUAACUACCUAGCUAUUUACAUACAAAAGCUGCUUUUCAAGGAUGCCGUGUAAAACUGUAUUAAUGUAUGAUCUCAUUCAAAACUGUUGCGACACAGUUUGCGUUUAAAAUCAUGUAAAGAAUCUGCAGAUCUUAAAUCACGGGGUAGGCUGUUCCAUAGCUCAGCUCCGCUAUAGGAGAAUUUUCUUUAAAUAAUUGGUACGGGGCAGUGGACGGACUAAUUUAUUUUCAGUAUUCCUCAAUCGAUAAGAAGUUAUUUCGUCACGAGAUACAAAUUUAGAUGUUAGAUAGUCGGAAGUCAUCCCAUGUACGGUUUCACACAUCAUAAUAGUCGUCGAUACUUGUCUUUGGUUUUUAAGCUUACGCCAACCCAGUGCAGGAACAAAUCGUCCACAUUACAAUCAGAAUUGGCGGACAUUAAGAAUACGGGCUGCACGAUUUUGGAGCCUCUGCAGCUUAUCGGAAAGACCAAUGCCGCAGUUGCUCCAUACGACAUUACAGUAAUCAAAAUGCGGUUGAAUUAAACUGUCGUAAACAUUAAUUAACACAUUAAAAGGAAUAAGAUGUCGUAUUCUUUUAAUUGCACCCAAAGCAGAAGCGAUCUUUUUACAAAUACUCUGUAUGUGGCAUUCCCAGCUUAAGUUUUGGUCAAUAUGCACUCCAAGAGAUUUUGCCGUUGACACUUGCAUCACGAGAUGGUCGUUUAUCAUAAAAGAAGGAGUUUCAGAAAGCUUUGAUAGCUUCUGCCUCGACCCAACUAACAUAAACUCAGUUUUAGUCAAGUUAAGGGUCAGUUUGUUAGCCGAUAGCCAUAUAUACUCCAUGUUUAAAUCGUCGUUAACGCAGUCAUUUAUGAGUUUUAAAUCUGCGCUGGCAUAGGUUAGGCUGGUGUCAUCGGCAUACAUUCUAGGUUGUGAAAAAUGCAAGCAAUUAGGUAGGUCAUUAAUAUACGGUAAAAACAAUAAAGGUCCAAGAAUUGUUCCCUGGGGAACACCACAUGUAACUAAUUUUGGGUUUGACAUUGAACAAUUAAUUUGGUAAGUUUGGGUACGAUUGUUUCAAUACGAAGUAAACCAUUCGUGACAGGAACCGCGUAAUCCAUAAUAUUGUAAUUUCGUUAAUAAGAUAUGAUGAUCAACUGUGUCAAAAGCCUUUUUUAAGUCUAAGAAGACAACGGCAUUGACAAGGCCACGAUCAACGUUCACUGCCCAGCUAUCGGUAGCUUCGCGUAAUGCGGUUACAGUAGAAUGUAAAGAACGAAAACCAGAUUGGUAACGGGAUAGAAUACGCUUCUCAGUAAGAUAGUGAUACAACUGGUCGUAGACUACCCGUUCAAAUACUUUGGCCACGACUGGGAUCACCGAUAUUGGUCGAUAAUUGGUGGGAUCAUUUCGUUUACCAGAAUGUUUAUACAAUGGAGUAACCCUAGCCGACUUCCACUCAUCGGGAAAAAUUCCUGUCAACAGUAAUUGAUUAAAUAUUAAAGUAAGAGACUCGGCAUAGAUCAGGGCACUCCCUUAAUAAUUUAGCUGAUAUACUAUCUAAUCCAGUGGCCUUUGAUUUACAAAGUUUUGAAAGGGGAGAAUAAAUAUGAGCAGAUGUUAUUUCCUUGAAGACAAACUCCUUAGAAGUUCCACAAAGAAACUCUUUGUAGGUGGUAUCAACAUUCGAAACAUUUCGACUAAGCCUUGGUCCAAUCUCAAUGAAGAAAGUGUUCAACAAUUCAGCAACUUCUGCUUGAUUGCUCGAUUUUAGUCCCUGAUAUUGUAUUUCAUUUAUUAUUGUUUUAUUAGAUUUGCGGGAAGUCAAUUCAUUGAUGGUCUUCGAGGUCUUACGUUGAUCAACGGCAUAAUUAUUAAAACAAUUAUUAUAAUAGGCCUUUUUAGCAGCCCUGAUUUCCUGAUUUACUUUAUUUUUGACCCUUUGGAAUCGAUUCCAAGAAGACGCAUCCUUAGUUUUAACAGCUUUUUUCUUUAGCCGGUUUCUGAAAUUCACUCGUUUUUUUCAAAUUUGUGGUAAUCCAAGGAGACUUGGUGGGACGGGUGCGUUUAGUUUUCACUGGGGCGUGCUUAUCACAAACACUUAGGAAUAAUUCUUUCCAUUUUUUCCACAUGUCAUUGGGGUCGUACAGUUCUUUGAUAUCGUCGCACGGUUGCGUCGAAACAUCAUUACGGAAAUUAUUGCUGUUGAAGUGUUUAAAUUGUCUAUAGCUGGUCAAAUUGAUUCCAUUAGAAACAGGCGGGAUUGAAAUUUUACGGUACGCGUAAACAAGAUUGUGAUCGCUUAUACCCACGUGUGUCACCCCAGAACAAAGAAUAUUGUCUUGGUGACUGGUGAAAAUAAGAUCAAUUAGGGUACUUGUUGAGGGUGUGACUCGAGUAGGCUCGUCGAUUAAUUGUUUUAAGCCAUAAAUAUCGGUAACAUUUAACAGAGCCCUUACAUAAAUGUUUUCGCUGGACAGCAAAUCGCAAUUCAUAUCACCCAUAAGAUAAUGUUCAACAUUCUCGGAAUCAAGUCUUGCUAACAAGGAGUCAAUAUUCGAGAAAAGGUCUAUAAGUGAAUUUGGCGGUCGGUACCACGAGGUAACAACAAACAAGGUAACAACAAAACAAGUAACUUGAAAAAACAACCAAAAAAAAACAAAACAAGUAACUUGAAACUGUGCGAAUUGGCGAAUCUAGGGAAAUUAGAAUGAGGGGAGAAAUUCGAAUUAAGGGACAAUAAAACGCAGGCGCAUUGCAUAGAAAUUUAAACUCGCAAAAAUAAAAUCGUAAAUAUACGCUCGUUUAAUGUAUCAUGCUCUCCUCAUUUAGCCGCGUUUUGAAAUCUUAACAAACGGACACAUCGCUCAAUUUGGGCCAGAUAACAAAUGGAACACCAAAUUACGCACAGGUCUUAUAAUUCUAAACCAUAACUGGUUUAAAAACCAUGCAAACAUCGUUUACAGGUGUAUGUGUGCCACCAGCGUAAUAUAUAAAAAAAAUGAAUAAAUUGAACUACACCUGACCCUCUCAUAUUGUCUGUAGACGGUAAAGCAAGUUAGGUGCUAGUAGAGAAGUGUGGAAGCUUUCAUGACAACUUAUAUUUACUGCUAUUUUCCCAUCAAUGCAAAUAUUAUUGUUACACGCAUUGAGUUACGAAUUUUGUUUAUGUCAGUAAUAUGGAUUUCAGUUUGCUUUCUACUUGGCCAUUUUGUGAAGGAUAAAAGCUUGGGCAACAACUUAGGAAAGUUGUUAACCAUUCCCCACGUUUUAUAAUCUUGGCAUUGUUGCCUCCGAUCAGUUUAAAAGCUUAUGAGGCAAAUGGUUUGACAGAAAUGAUAGCUGACUGACCAUUCUAAUGGGUGUCCAGGUAACUGAAGUAGAAAUUAUCCCACAAAAGCUGCGAUUUAUAACAUCUUGAACUUCAUGUACAAUGCUAUCGCAUCCAUAGUAACCGCUAUUGUUAAUGUAAUGCGAAUUUGCCUCUUUUUUUACUAGAGGUGUUAACUAAGGUUUUGCUUUUAAUUAUAAACUCAACUGAGGCUGACAUAAAACUCGUCGAACCCACUAAGAUCGCAGCGUAAGCCAGCUGAUUAAGAUUUGUUACUACCUCAUCAGUUAUGGUUAAGUUUUAGAGAGUAAGCACUGAAGGGAACUCAAUGAGCAAACAGGUAAGAGGUUCUAAAAGGUUAAGAGGUUCCACAGAGCUAUAUAAAAACUGUUGUUGUCGGUUAUUUAAAUGAAGUCUAACUUAGGCCGCUGUUUACGAAAUCAUUUGUCCUCCAGAUCUCUUUCUUAAAGGGUUAAUUUCAGAAAAUAAGUGCUUUUAUACGCUAUAUGCUUGAUCGAAAUUGUUCACGAUAAUGGUGUUUAGCUAAAAUCGUUGGGCAAACUGAAAAUAGCUUAAGACGCGGUUUUGUUUAAUCACCGGCUAAACUCCGUUUAAAUAACUGGCCCUAAAAGUUUAAAUUACUCGUACUAUUUCUUUAAUGAACUGCUACGUUUCAACUAAAAAAAAAAGACGUAGUGCAAUUUUUACGAUUUUAUGAUUCCUCAAGUUUAAAAAGACCUCAACUUUACCAAUUAUCUUUACAAAUAUUCGACUUCUUCUAGUAGGCAGACGUGCUGUCUAUGAAGGAACAGACCGCAGCUAGUUGAAAGAGAAAGGCAAAACUAAUAUAAAUGGACGAAACAAAAAUAUUUGCUUUAAGUCUUUUCAACUUUGUCUUUUUACAGUACGAAAAAGACCUAGGAUUUCAAGGUAAUCGAGAAUCUUUGAAUAAUUACGUGAAUGAGGCAAAAAAAUAGGUGGAUAAUAAAUAUUCAAAUGAUUCAACCGAUUUGUGUUGAUUGUCUGCAGUGAACAGUGGUAAAUCGGAGAAUGGUUAAACUUAAACACUUAAUCAUACUGCUGUCACACCCAUCACAGUAUUAAUUCUGCAUCAACAGCUGCUUUUAGCCGACCUAGAAAUGUUAUCAUCGAAUUAAUAGCACUGAACAAUAAAUUGCAUGGAACAUUUAAGGUAAAACAUGUUAUUUACGUUGCACUGAUUAAUUGACACCAGAGUUAAAAGUUGAAAUCGGAAUAUAAUCAAAUGAUAAUGAAUACACACAGACCAGCAUUACUGACCGUGGAGGCAAAAGUAAAGGACAAAGAGAGAAAGGCCUUUUCAUCUUCAAUUUUUUUGCAUUUUUUUUUCUUUGCUUCUGAGAAGGUAAAUUAAGAAAGUGACUUUGCUAUGUCAGUUGACCGCUGUACAGUUAUAAUAAACGGUUUGCUGUCAUGUUCGUUGGAUUAUGACUAGAGCAGUGGUCAGAAUACUUAAACUAGCGUGUAUUUAUGCCCUAUUACUACGUCCCUGUAAAAAAACGUAUUUUGAUAGAGAGGUGUAGUAAAUUAAGACGGCAAUGGCAACGAGAACAACAAAAAGCAAUAGGUUUAAAACAAACAAUUCUGCCGUCCUUUGCCUGACCAGUACGACUUGAAAUUCCAUGCAUCUUUUAUCGUUUACCUAAUUGCACGAAGACAAUCUUUUCCUCUUUUUCCAAACCUGGGUGCGCUCCUUUAGAAUUGACUCUGGGAAAUUUAACGACAGUUGACAUACUAAGUAAGUGGCAUGGGACGAGCUGUGAAACGACGCGAAUUCAUUUCGUUAAUGACGUUUUCUCAGACGCCAGUUGUGCCACUGCCUUAAUUGUUGCUAAAUGGCUCUCAUAACUUAAGUACACGGUGAAUUGUUGUCAAAGCAUAUUUUUAUUUAUUUAUUUAUGUUUUUCAUUAUAUACGAUUCUUGGCCUCCAGUGUGUAUACAAUCAAGAGUUGUCGGGAUAAAAACAAGACAGUGUGACACAUUAUAUUAAUGCGUCUAAUGUGAUAACAUUUUUCACUGAACUUACUCCCCGUCCACACAAAUGCGUAUAUUUUUGAAACCGGAGUUUUUUCCAUUUAGCCUUCCCUCCACACGUAAACGGAGAAUUCGACAAAACAAAACCGCAGGUUUUCGAAAACAGUCCCCAAAGUGGAGUUCUUUAAUUUGAAAAGGUUGGCUUAUCGAAUGAAAACGAAAACUAAUGCGAUGAUGUCACACAUCGUUCAUAGCAUGCUGUGUAAAAGAGGUUUUAGUACGUAUUUCCAUCGUUUUGGUGUUUUCGUGUAUAGUGGAAAAUGGAGAAAGAAAAACUCCGUUUUCAAAAGCAUCCGUAAACGUGUUGGAAAUCUGCCCAACAACUUAAAAGCACGUCGCUUCACCUGUCACUAAAACUGGUUACUAUACUAAUAGUCCGUUUUACUAGGUACUGGAAUGUGCAAAUUUUUACCAAUUUCUGAUAUUUAUACGGCUUUUUAUUAAUCAGGGUACGGUCGGCAAGGUAUCUUUUGUUAUGCAAACUAUGAUUUGGCGUUAACACAGAGCCUUGUUACUUUUGACAGAGUGUGUCCAGUGGAUGAAAUGCCGAGUCCUGCGAAAGUAGUUCCGAUCAUCAUUUUCCUGCUGUUAUCAGCUCAGUCAAUGACAAGUGCCUUUCUCAGGUAAAUAAAAUAAUUACAAUACUAGAGGUAUGGACGGCCGGAUUUAUCAUGCCUUAAGAAACUAAGAUAUAUAACAACAACAGCUUACUAUUAUUUACACACAUUGAAUAGAUUCGUUUAGUAGUGUAAAGAAUACAAAUAAACGAGAAAGGACAAAGAACUUCAUCUGAACCUGAAGUUAGCAUAACUGUAGUCGAGGCAGAAUAGAAGUUUAGGUAUAUGAUUUUUUUGUACAGAAUAUUGAAUUUACAAUGACAACCAUUUUUUUUUUAGAGGAAAUUUAAAUCGUACCCUCUACGGCCUAACUAUCGGCUGUGGCAAAGGGGCCCGAUUAUAUAUGGAGGAUUAAUUCAACGUAAUCAUCCCUAUCCAAAAAAGUCUCCAAUAAGUGUGGCCCUUGUUCUUGACAUGAGCGUCUGGAGCCCCUCCCGAAUCAUAAUAACCCAACUUAACUCAAGGUUAAUUCUUCUCAGCUUUAUCAAAGCAAUAUUUGCUGUGUUCCAAACAAAAGAACAACAACGAGGAAUGAUCUGCAAGUAGCAUUAGCUAAUCUAGGCGGAACAAACAGUCAUACCAAAGCAAAACAUUGCAAUCAGCAUUACCAUUAAAUUCAAUAUAGCUUGAUUGCAAGCAACGUUCUAUUAGGUUUUAGUGCUGUAGAAAUUUGAGAAAUGUCGAUUCAGUCGUUAUGCCUCUCUAGAAUCUCAACCAGGAAAAAGUGGAGUUUCGUUUUUUAAAAAGAGCUUUUUCACAGUGUUUCGGAAGCUUCCUUAAUGUUUCUUGUAUGAUGUCAAUGGUUGCCUCCUACGACUUUUUACAUCUUUGUAGGAUUCCCUGCUGUCGAGUCCUAAAAAACUAUUUAACCAGCUCUUUUUACCAAGGGUCUUCACCACAAAAAUAUAUAAGGUGAAAGGGUCUGAAAACUAUAGUAAGCAUCAAAUCUGCUGGAACACCUAGUGAAACAAUCAACAUAAGAUGAGACAGUUUCGUUCGAUAAUGUUUAAUGACCAUUUUCCCCCGGUUUCACUAGAAAGUUCCUUGUCGUGUAAAGGCAGUAAGGGCUUUAAAAAAGAGUUCACAGAACACCCGUUCAAUUUAAUUGGGACUCGUUCAAUAUAAUUGGGACUAAUUGCUGUUAGCUGUUAUUGCCUGUUAUCAGCCAUUAGAGCCAAUCAGGAUCAAGAUUGUCUUUGGCUAAGAGCUAGUCUAAUGUUAUCAGAUAACAAACCCAUUAGAUCCAAUGGCAAGCUUGUUAGUGAAUAACGGGAUAACAGCUGAUAACAGCUAAUAAUACUUCACCCAUUAUACCCAAUCACAAGUUUGUUAGAGAAUAACGGGAUAAUAUGCUACAUUCCACAAGUGUGAAUUUGACCCGUGAGGUAAAAAUCUAUUUCAUGACAAGUCAGUGCAUCAUUCUCGAGUACAUACUGGAAGGCUGCACGCAUAUACCGUAUUUAUUCGAUUAACCGCCCUGGGCGCUUAUUAAAUUUUUGGACCUUGAGAGUGGGCGCUUAUUCGAGGUGGGCGUUUAUUCGAGGCUGGGCGCUUAUUAAAUUUUCACCAUUCUCAGCAAGUGUAGUAGUAUAUUUUACAACCAGACAGUAAAUGGUACCAACAAAAAGUGAAGAUGUAACAAAGCAAGGUUUCUGUAAAAUACUCUGAAGAAAACUCCGUCUCCGGGAAGGUCUCUUAUUAUCUCUUAUUGCAGUUAUUGUGGGAGGGAGUGGGGUGGGGUGGGCGCUUAUUCGAGGCUGGGCGCUUAUUAACUUUUUCUGCCUUUAGCAUGGGCGCUUAUUCGAGGUGGGCGCUAAUUCGAGGUUGGGCGCUUAUUCGAAUAAAUACGGUAUGCACAUUUGAUCCAUUAGCUGCCGUGAACUCAUCUAAAACUCUUUUUGGUUUAUUUAUCAUGUUUUUGAAAAACGUCAAAAUUUUACCGUUUUCAAAUAACCGAUAGGCUUUUUAACCCAACACCUACGAAACAGUGGAAUGCUCAAGAAUAGAACAAGAAAAUCAGAAAAUUACUUUAUGAUCUUUGAAGAAGCGUAGCUCAUAACAAGCAUGCAACUAUCCAACGAUCUCUCGAUAAUAGGUCAGUGAUACAAUAGUUGUGAAUAGGAAACAGAACAAAUCAACACUGCCCAGAGGAAGUUUAUCAGUUAUCAAGUGACAAUUGCUGACAUUCCAGCCCAUUCCUGCACGCAAAUUUCUUAGACAGUACACUAACACAUUUAUUUUCUUAACUUAAAACGAUCUUUACACUUCCCUUUAUUUCACUUUGAUUUAACGACGAAAUCUGUUUAGAAUAAGGGAACGCGUCCAAAUAUCGGCAUCGGGUCACACCGAUGCCAAUCAAUUGGGCACCGAUUUUUUCCGAUUCUGUUGAAUGUCGGAAUCGGCAACGGGUCUCAAGUCUUUAUCGGGCCAAUUAACAAAGGUUAUCAAAAAUAUCUGGCAGCUCAAAUAACCCGUCACAAAAGCAAAAGCGUGAAUGUUGGUUCUCGAUGCACAAACACGUUAAAUUUCCAAUUUAAAUGUUGUAGACCAGCAGAUAAAGUGUUUCUUCUUAUUAUUAACACUAUCUUUCUUAUAAAUGUGUCUUGUUUGAACCGAAAUUUAACGUCACAGUUUCGAACAUUUGUUUGUAUUUACCUAUGACAGAGUAUGACCAGAAAAUAUUAAAUUUGUGUAUCAAAAUGAGCACGAGAAGAAACAGCAGGUCAUUCAACAACGCUGAAGAGCAUCUUUUGAGUGAAAGACGGCGCAAUGUACAUUGCAAGUGUACGAUCUCAAAAUGAUAAUUUUAAAAUAGCUUGGGCCCGUGCUAACCGGAACCCAAAUCGCAUGAUGAAAGAAAUCUUUAAAGGAAUAACCAGUUUAGGACUUUAAGCGAAAAAAAUACAAAGAAGUCAGAACAUCCACGACCAAAAUGCAAAUGUUGUUACCAUGUUGUGUUCUUUAACUGCUUAAAUUGCCACAGGAGAGAAGAGGACAUCGUCUGAGAAUCAGGCUGCAAGUUGUUUAUUGGUUGCAUAUGAACUCAAAAACGUGACUGAUGGAGGCGCUCAACUGGUUUUCUCUUUCUCGAUUCUCUUUCCGCUAUUAAAUUGAGUCAAACUUAUCGGAUGUAUGCACAGUUUGCUUUAGUUGAACACUCCGGUAAAAAAGGUUCUGCUUUUUGUCAAAAAGUCAGCCCCCUUGAGUCAAGUGAAAAUUUUCGUAAGCGCUGAGAAUGGAAAGCAAUUUCACGUGGCACCAUCCUCAAGCUCACAGAACAGCUAAGUCGCUAAGCCAUCCUCUCUUUGUAUGAAACUUCGUUCCGUGUUUUCCGUGACUCACGAGUGUGGGAAUCUUUCAGUUCUUUUUGCUAAUUCCCUGGAGACAAUCUUAGGCCGCAAUCUAAUUGGUCGGUAUUUUUUGCCGCAGAUCGCAUUGCACCUCGCGUUUAGGAUCGUUGAAUGAAAGUUGCAAAUUUUCGUAAAAGUUUAUCUCGUGGUUUUAUAUUAUCCAUGGGUUUGCUCUCGCUCCGCUUGCAAGGAAACCCGUUGAGGUCUACUUGUAACAAGUCUAUGCAUCCAGUUGUGUUUCGAGAAAGUGAGUUCUGGUUGUGUUUUUGGAUUGCAUUGUUAGAAAGUAUCGAGUAAAGAACACACUACUCAGUAUGGUGUUUUGUUUGCUAUGUAUCAACGAAGAACAGUGGUGUUUUGCGUCGUAAUAUUUAACUCCUUUUAAUUUUCAUAGAAUAAAUUUUAUGGAGCAGCGUGGUGUCUGCGAUCGACUGAAGGAAAUACCUCUGAAACGUCGAAAAUCACGUGUAGGCACGCAUCAAAUCAACAAACUAGAAACACAACAUGGAACAUACACUAUUGUUAUUUGUUAUGGAGUAGGAAAAAGGUACAGUCGAUACAAAUUACUUUGGAGUGAAACGACUCUUUUGGUUUCGUGACACGCUUCAUUUUAUGUAUAAAUCGGCAAAGUUUUUAUCGUAAUCGGAAACGGCAACUGGUGCCUACAGAUCGGUACCGAUUCCGAACAAUCGGAAAAUUAAUCGGGUCCGUUUCCCAUGAUCGGGUUCCCUACCGAUAUUUGGACGCGCUCCCUAAAAAGAAAGGCAAACUUGAUGUCACCUAAGGAAAAACCGCCGUUUCCGUUUUUCAUUUUGCACUAAGCAUCACUUUUUAAAGACAUAUUUGUACGUAAAAUGUAUUGACUUUUAUACAGAAAAAUUUUGAAAGGCCAGAAAGGUUUUACUCUGACACGUUUUGAGAAACCUUUACCAUUAUUCGGCGAUCGAUCAGAUUUAAAGGGCACAUUUUUACGCGCCCUAAAAAGUUGUUAGAAGAAAGUAGCGAGUAUAAGUUAUUUAGUCAUACGGCGCCGGGACUUGACGGAACGCAAAGAGAGCGUUACAAUCUAAUGGCAUACGAGCGACUGCAGGCAUCUCACGACAUGUUGACUUUGGCUAAGAGCUAGUCUAAUGUUAUCAGAUAACAAACCCAUUAGAUCCAAUGGCAAGCUUGUUAGUGAAUAACGGGAUAACAGCUAAUAACAGCUAAUAACAGCUAAUAAUACUUCAUCCAUUAUACCCAAUCACAAGUUUGUUAGAGAAUAACGGGAUAAUAUGCUACAUUCCACAAGUGUGAAUUUGACCCGUGAGGUAAAAAUCUAUUUCAUGACAAGUCAGUGCAUCAUUCUCGAGUACAUACUGGAAGGCUGCACGCAUAUAUGCACAUUUGAUCCAUUAGCUGCCGUGAACUCAUCUAAAACUCUUUUUGGUUUAUUUAUCACGUUUUUGAAAAACGUCAAAAUUUUACCGUUUUCAAAUAACCGAUAGGCUUUUUAACCCAACACCUACGAAACAGUGGAAUGCUCAAGAAUAGAACAAGAAAAUCAGAAAAUUACUUUAUGAUCUUUGAAGAAGCGUUGCUCAUAACAAGCAUGCAACUAUCCAACGAUCUCUCGAUAAUAGGUCAGUGAUACAAUAGUUGUGAAUAGGAAACAGAACAAAUCAACACUGCCCAGAGGAAGUUUAUCAGUUAUCAAGUGACAAUUGCUGACAUUCCAGCCCAUUCCUGCACGCAAAUUUCUUAGACAGUACACUAACACAUUUAUUUUCUUAACUUAAAACGAUCUUUACACUUCCCUUUAUUUCACUUUGAUUUAACGAUGAAAUCUGUUUAGAAUGAAAAGAAAGGCAAACUUGACGUCACCUAAGGAAAAACUGCCGUUUCCGUUUUUCAUUUUGCACUAAGCAUCACUUUUUAAACACAUAUUUAUACGUAAAAUGUAUUAACUUUUAUACAGAAAAAUUUUGAAAGGCCAGAAAGGUUUUACUCUGACACGUUUUGAGAAACCUUUUAUUUGACCAUUAUUCGGCGAUCGAUCAGAUUUAAAGGGCACAUUUUUACGCGCCCUAAAAAGUUGUUAGAAGAAAGUAGCGAGUAUAAGUUAUUUAGUCAUACGGCGGCGGGACUUGGCGGAACGCAAAGAGAGCGUUACAAUCUAAUGGCAUACGAGCGACUGCAGGCAUCUCAUGACAUGUCGACUUUGAGAUAACUAUGAACGGCUUUGAAUUCUUUCCAUGUGCGAGAAAACAAAAAGUAUGCAGACAGGACCAAAGCGGGAAUAUGUUAUGGCGAUAAUGGCCGAUAAUCAAGGCACCAUCAAUUGUGAUGAAUGGUGAACAAAUCUACUCUUUUUGCUGAACAUUUUCUGACAGAGAGAAACGGAAUUUUUCAGUGGCCUCAAAAAAAGGACUGGGAUAAAGUAGCGCCAGAAUUCAUAUUCUGUCGCAAUGUAGAGGUCAUUGACGGAUAGUAAGAGUGUGCAAGUGAAAAACUUGACAUCAAUAAAAAGUAAAUUUGGCGCUUUUUGUGGCAAAUAUUUUUAUCUAUUCCCUGUAUUUGGAGUAUUUUUGGCGUUUUCUGUGUGCAUGUUGCGGAACUGAAGAAGACGCAUAGGGCCGGUUAAAAAUGAGCCGGUGUUGUAAGUGGCUGAAUCUGUCCAGCCCGAAUACGUAUGAAAUGUUCUUUACCAUAGUUAAAGUCAAGCAUGCACACUUAUUUCUAGAUUUAUUUAUCCAUUAAUAAAGGAUUGUCGAGAUUUAUCGUGGUUGUAACCCGAGACAGCUGCACCUCCGAUUUAUGAUUUUGUUAGCCCGGCAUAGCAUUAUUUGAAAGACUCUGCAAAAUAUGUUGGCGCUUCAAUUUUUACCCUUGGUUUAUUGAAGUGUUUUUUCUUUUGUUUGUGAGUAUGGCAAUCUGACAAUAAUUUUUGUUGCAAGUUUUUCGAAAAUUUUAAAGUGCUAAAAUCGCAAAGUCGACCAGUAGAACAAUUAUGUACAAUGAUUUUUGUACCUAUACUAAUUUACACACUGAUUCACGAUAAGUCACGGUUUUACUUCCAUUAGAAUGCUUAAUGACUACACGUUUUAAUCAAUGUGAUCUAUUGUGGCAUAUUUCACGCAAAUAAAACAUUUGAUAAGAAAAGUUGUUAAAAUUCGCGAUUGGGGGAGAACAGAGAUAAGCCGAAAAAUGCUGCCCGCUUGACAUUUCAAGCCUGAGUCACGGUUUUCUUAUUGUCAGCAAAUUCCAUGCUCGGAAAAAUAAAGUCUAAAAUAAUAUGUAGUAUACUUUAAAUCAUGCUUACUUGAAUAAAACAAUGUAUAUACAAAAUUGAUUAAAUGCAAGAAUACGGGAAUAUCAAAUAGUGAAGAGUACAGCCAGAAAAUGUUGAUUAGCCGGUUGUUAAAGUUAACGAGAGCAGAAAGGGCUAUUGUGUGCGUACCCACUCUCCCACAUAAGCCGUCCUUUCAUGCGAACAUGGAGAAUUCCUAGGGAGAUCUUUUGGUCUGGGGCAAGUCCAAAAAUGAGAGCAGAAAGCGUAGUCCUCGAAAUUUUUACUUCCGAAAGGUGUCGUAAACGAAACUCACUUCCGGAAUUAAGAGAGACGAGAAAAAAGGCCAUUGCUGGACGCGAAAGGAUACAUACACAUCAUAAUACUUUUCGUGAUAUAUUCUUCCAGAUGAAAAUGAAGUAACACCUGAGGUAAGCGUUUUAUAUUAUUUUGGGGGGGCAUUAUAAUAUGUCGAUUCUUAAGAGAACUUUUCGUAAGAAACUUUGAGUUUUCUACUGCACCUUACAUCGAUUUUACACCAGUGGACGUGACGAGAAUUAAAGUUGGCGCAAAGGUACCGACUUUGGCGCCAAAACGGAUAACGAAAGUAAUUGUUUAUUAUGAAUGGGAAUGAAAGGGUUUUGUGACAAGCAUGACUCAAAUAGAGAGUGCGUUUGUUUUGUAGUACCGUUUAAAAUGUUCAGCAAAAAGAGUAGAUUUGUUCACCAUUCAUCACAAUUGAUGGUGCCUUGAUUAUCGGCCAUUAUCGCCAUAACAUAUUCCCGCUUUGGUCCUGUCUGCAUACUUUUUGUUUUCUCGCACAUGGAAAGAAUUCAAAGCCGUUCAUAGUUAUCUCAAAGUCGACAUGUCAUGAGAUGCCUGCAGUCGCUCGUAUGCCAUCAGAUUGUAACGCUCUCUUUGCGUUCCGCCAAGUCCCGCCGCCGUAUGACUAAAUAACUUAUACUCGCUACUUUCUUCUAACAACUUUUUAGGGCGCGUAAAAAUGUGCCCUUUAAAUCUGAUCGAUCGCUGAAUAGUGGUCAAACAAAAGGUUUCUCAAAACGUGUCAGAGUAAAACCUUUCUGGCCUUUCAAAAUUUUUCUGUAUAAAAGUUAAUACAUUUUACGUAUAAAUAUGUGUUUAAAAAGUGAUGCUUAGUGCAAAAUGAAAAACGGAAACGGCAGUUUUUCCUUAGGUGACGUCAAGUUUGCCUUUCUUUUCAUUCUAAACAGAUUUCAUCGUUAAAUCAAGGUGAAAUAAAGGGAAGUGUAAAGAUCGUUUUAAGUUAAGAAAAUAAAUGUGUUAGUGUACUGUCUAAGAAAUUUGCGUGCAGGAAUGGGCUGGAAUGUCAGCAAUUGUCACUUGAUAACUGAUAAACUUCCUCUGGGCAGUGUUGAUUUGUUCUGUUUCCUAUUCACAACUAUUGUAUCACUGACCUAUUAUCGAGAGAUCGUUGGAUAGUUGCAUGCUUGUUAUGAGCUACGCUUCUUCAAAGAUCAUAAAGUAAUUUUCUGAUUUUCUUGUUCUAUUCUUGAACAUUCCACUGUUUCGUAGGUGUUGGGUUAAAAAGCCUAUCGGUUAUUUGAAAACGGUAAAAUUUUGACGUUUUUCAAAAACGUGAUAAAUAAACCAAAAAGAGUUUUAGAUGAGUUCACGGCAGCUAGUGGAUCAAAUGUGCAUAUAUGCGUGCAGCCUUCCAGUAUGUACUCGAGAAUGAUGCACUGACUUGUCAUGAAAUAGAUUUUUACCUCACGGGUCAAAUUCACACUUGUGGAAUGUAGCAUAUUAUCCCGUUAUUCUCUAACAAACUUGUGAUUGGGUAUAAUGGGUGAAGUAUUAUCAGCUGUUAUCAGCUGUUAUCCCGUUAUUCACUAACAAGCUUGCCAUUGGAUCUAAUGGGUUUGUUAUCUGAUAACAUUAGACUAGCUCUUAGCCAAAGACAAUCUUGAUCCUGAUUGGCUCUAAUGGCUGAUAACAGGCAAUAACAGCUAACAGCAAUUAGUCCCAAUUAUAUUGAACGAGUCCCAAUUAAAUUGAACGGGUGUUACAGUUAAAUCGGAUUUCCAACAUAAUCAAAUUUGGGACAUAGAACUUCAUGCAUCCAUGCCUCUUCAACUUUUAACGUAGGCUUGACUGAGGCAAUAUAUUUUUAUAUGGUGCGAUCAGUCAAGUCAAUUACCAAAUACAUAAUUAUUGUCUCCCUCUGUGAGGUUUUUCGGGGGUGAUGAAGCAAAUAAUUCAAAUGGAACUUAACAAGGUUAAGAGUCUCUACUGGUGGGAGGCGAAUUUUACAAGCGUAGCCGAAGAUUUGAACUUGGGACUACCGAGAACCAAUCCAGCUAGCGGUAACGGGGCAGGACUUGAACUCGGCCCUCCGAAAUACAAGUCAAUCGCUGCCUCGUUUUCUGAUCAAGAAAAGAAGAAGCGAGCAAAUUCGAAAGAAAGGUGGGGAUGCAAAGUAAUAGCGUCGAGAACUAUGUUGUUUUAUUUCCAUGCAGAAAGUUUGUCUGCGAGAGGUGAAGACCAAAUUGAAUUUUAUAAAAUGCACUUAGUAGCACUCUUCAUCGGAAGAACAAAGUCAAUGUUCUUAAUUUCUGAUGUUUUAAAGUCCUAUUUAAUAUUUACUACUUUUAAUUAUAGGGAUAACUCAACUCAACUCAUGGACGAUAUUUCAGCUGUCAUUACGAGAGUAGCAAAGGAUGAAACACACAGGUUUAUUCGGCCAAAUGCAAGAGGUAUAGAAGACAAUAAGGAAUGACAGAAAUAGAGCAUGAGAAGUUACAGAUUUCAGCAGGAUCUGCAGACAUUUCCAUUCUGACGUUUAACAAGAUCUCCUUUGAUCCGAGGUUUACCUUGUUUUUGACAGGGCCACCAAUAACAGUCCAAGCUGACGUGCAAAUAGUUUACAUAGGAGGCUUUCAAGAAGUUGAUAUGGUUUGCAAUUAUUUAUUUUACAAUAACUGAAUUAUAUCUCACACGCCGAUUGGCUACUUUUUACUAUCAAUUUAACAAAUACAUUCCAUGUUGCCGUGCGGUGUUCAGUAAGUGAUCACAGGUGACGUCAAAAUGUGGUAAAAACAAAGAAGUGGCACGCGAGACGCAGGCGAGUGUGUGAUACAUACCUGCCUCGUACCGCUUGACAAAUUCCGCUUGACUGUUUGAAGAUUCGUGCUAGUUUAGGCAUUUUUAAAGUCCCAAGGAAACGCUAUACUUUUCUUUUUUUCUUUAUCUUUCUUGUAUACAGUUUCUUUGAAAAGUUUUCAACGUCGUUUGUUGCUCAAAGCAGAAUAAUGGCGAAAACAUUUUGCAAAACAGCGAGUCUCUCGUAGCGAUAACACACGAUGGCAACUGUUGGGAAGAUUUCUUGUAGUUUCUUAGGCAUUCUCAAGUAGUCAAGAGCUAUUUUUGUCUCUGUUUCUCCAUUUUUCUUCUUUGUAAAUAGCUCCUACUUAACUUUCUUCGAGGUUUUUACUUGCUUUAAUCCGAAAAAAUCUCACAAGCAUUUUCAAAACCGCGCACCAUAUGUUGAACAAAAGAAAGAAAACAAGCUUCCCGUGACGUCAUCCAUGUAUCUGUACUCUAAUAGAUCAAGGGCAACGACCAAUCACAGCGCGCGUAGCACUCACAUCAUGUCGAGCUUCGGUGUUUUUUGCUUAGUUUAGUUUCUUUUGCUAAGUCUAGUUUAUUAAAAAUAAGCACAUUAAUAACCGUAGUUUUCUUUUGACAAGUACUGAUUGUUUUUCUGAUCCUUUUUUCCAAAGCAAAACAAACUUUUUGUCCAAAUUUUAUGAAACUUUGUAAGUACCUUUUAAGUGGAAUUGAAAACUUCAUGCCUAUAAAAGCCACCUUUCGGUUUGAUUGUACACAGCUAAUAUAGCUGAAUGGCGUUCAGGACGACAAACAAGACAAGAACUGAAGUAAAAAACCGGCCGUACACGAUUAUUAAUAUCGGUUAGCGACUCUUCACAACUGCCAGGCUAGUUUGAUCUACAGACAGCUUAACCGUACAUUGCUUCGACUUGUUCGGUCACUUUAACGGCUCCAAAAUCUUCCCUUGGAAAAAUAUUUAACCUUGGGCUAGUUUACGACUUUACUGAUACAGCCCUAAAUCAAGACAAUAAACAUCGCUGUUCUCAUUUUGUUUGAGGUUUGCAAAACAAUUUAAUUUCUAAUAUAUGGGCGACCCAACUUUUAGUCAAUGAAACUCCGUUACUUGUCAUUAGUAGCCAAUCACCAAGCGAGAAAAGUUAUUGACAAUAACGAUACGCCAGUCUAAAAAAGUCAUAAAUUUUCUUCUGUUUUCUUCAUUUUUACCGGCAUUUUUUACUUUUGUUAUUGUAAAAAACAAAUUGACGCCAGUUUUUUAUCGUCUCUCAUCUUAUUGAUGAUAAAAUGACAUCAUAGCAUUGUCAAAGUUAUGACGUCAUUUUAUCAGCAAUAAGAGGACAGAGGAUAAAAAACUGCCGUCGAUUUUUUAAUUCAAAUAAAUCUGUGUUUGUUAUUUUUUAAAUUAAUCCUUUUUUAAUUUAAUGUUUCCUUGAUGUACAAGCGUCGCCUUCAAGUAGAUUUUCUCGUUUUCACUGGGAAGUGAACUGAGAUUGUCAAUGUUUCCUUGGCAGACUUUUACUUUGGAACUGUUCUUUCGUCAGUACUGGCGUGAUGACAGGCUAUCUCAUAAUUUGCCUGAGAGGCAGAUAACGUUACCUAGCGACGCCGCUGACAGACUGUGGCAGCCUGACACAUUCUUUCUAAACACCAAAAAGGGAGAGCUGCACAAACUGACUUCCUUAAACAAAGUGAUGGUAAUUCAAGCCGAUGGUAGUGUAUUUAUCAGCACAAGGUAAAAAUAAAACAGUUUUUCUUGAUGCCGAGUAUGAUGUAUCACCAGCAUACUUAAUUAUGGGCGUAACUGCGGCUUUCAAAAUGAAGGGGACAAUUCAAUUCAACUUUGUGACUAGCUAAAUUCAACAAUUUUCUUGUUCAUUUACUGUAACCUCCAUGCAAAAAAGUAUAACAAACCAUGUUCUAAUCGGAGAGGGGGUGUUACAAUUACUUGUCCCACACGGCCAGCAAACCAAAAACCGGAAGACAUGACCCUGACGCGCCUGUCGACAGUUACUUUAACAAAGUUUUGCACAGAAUUUUGACUGGUUAAUCUUAUUAUGUGUUAACGGUGUGACUCAAGAAUAAUUUAUUUUUCUAAUCUUAACGAAAGUCAUCGCCUCCCAUUAAAACUGAUCUCGUGAUCUUAAAACCGUGUAAAAUUUGUUUUAAAAUUUUUGUUGGAUCGUCAUGACUUUUGGCUAAUGUUAUUUGUAAUAUUUAGAAUCACUCUGACGUGUCUAUGUACAAUGGACUUUCGCAAGGUCCCCAUGGAUCGACAAGUGUGCGAAUUGAAAUUCUCAAGUUGUAAGUUUCGAAAAAAGUAUACGUAUUAAUGAAAUAAAAGCGUUGAUCCCAGGUGAGGCUAAUUUGUAAGUUUUUAUACCUGGUUAAAAUGACCUAAAUUUUUAUUUUCUAAAUACCGUACUUUCUGAAUUAAAUGUUUGAAUGAAAAGAUUAUUAUUCCUUUUUCUUGGCAACAGUUUAUGUUGCUCUUGUGCCUAGAGUUUAUUAUAUAUUUCAAAUAGUAACUAUAAAGGGGAUUAUUUCAAUCAUUCUAUUUUAGACCCCGCUAUAAAUUUGGGAAUGGUCUCCAACUAUAUUAUGUACUAGGUUUCAUUCUAAUAAACUCCAUUAGUACGGAAUAAGCAUUUGUUAUCUCUUUUGUUUUUUGAAAAAUAUUUCUUGUCUUUUGAGUUUUAACAUUAAUUGUUUUCUCUGGAAUCUUCUGCCUUGCAGACUCUUUUACCACUGAUGAUAUUGUUUACGAGUGGAAGGAGAAAAAUAAAACUUUAUCAGGAAGUGUCGAGAUUGCUCAAUUUACACUUAAACCAGUCAGCACUCAUCAGGACGUCAGCAGCUACGUAACUGGUACUCUAGGGGAUGUGGUCUUGAGACAGCCACCUGAUCUAUUCCCGGAGUAGUCAAUCGACAAAAAUCGGUAUCGAUAAAAAUCGAUAGCAAUCAAGUGAUUUUUAUCGAUUGACAAUGGAAAUCAGUGAAAAUAGAUAAACUAAAUUGCUCUGUCAAUUGCAAAUCGAUAUUAUUUUUCAUGAUUUUAAAGGCACAUGACGGAAGUCCGCCAUUGUUGAUUUUUGGCAUAAGUUAGCAUUCACGAGCAACAACUGAUCAGCAAACACGAAAAUGAGAAAUGUGGAAACUAUUGCACACACAACUUUCUCUCUAAAACUCUUCGUUUUGUACAUAAUAACAAAAACGGUUCGGCUUUAUAAUUACAUUCAGUUCUAGCAGGCAAGUAUCGCGAGAAAUACAACCUUAGUAAAAAUUCUCUGGUCAGAAUUUCAGACAUCCACUCGAGUCGAAGGAUUUAUCGAUUUUUAUCGAUUUAUCGAUUGAUAAAUCGAUACCGAUUUUUAUCGAUUGACUACUCCGAGUCUAUUGAGAUUAUCGGUUGGCAUUUUCCUUAAAUAAAGAAUAAAAGCGAGAGAUUUUGUUCUGGAUUUUACAUACAAGAGAGUCGACAUGCUGUUUGUAAACAGACUUCUCCUUAUAGCUCCCUAUCACACGUUGUCAUCAAAGCUCCUUGCGUUUUAAUUUGCCAGUGUUUCUCAUCAAAUGCUUGGAUAUUUUUAAAUGUUUCUUUCUCUUUUCCUAGGUAAUUACUCUGUUCUUGGCCUUAGAUUCGAGUUCACGCGACGCAUUGGCCAUUACUUGACAAGGGUUUACAUUCCAGCCAUUCUCAUCGCGUGUAUGUCUUGGCUUUCAUUCUUCAUUGAUCGGAAGUCAGUUCCAGCUCGUGUUGCACUAAGCAUAAUGACUAUUCUCACAAUUACUACACUGUUAAUCGGUGUUGGUCAGGGAUCUUUGCCUGUGGUAUCGUAUGUGAAGGCAGUAGACUGUUACCUAAUUUUUUGCUAUAUUUUUGUGUUCGGUGCAUUUGCAGAAUAUGCAAUUGUAAACAGCAUAGAAAGAGGACACAAAUCUACAGAGCAUCGAGUGGUAAGAAUUAGUAUGGAUACAUUUGUAUACUGCGUGGAAAUAAAAAUGUGA